UUAACCAUCGGAUUUUACAACACUUUUGUCUAUAUAACACCGCUGUCGUUUUGGCCCUUGUUUCAUCAGCUAGUGAAAAAAAAAAACUAACCAAAGAAGCACUUUUAUAAGCAGUUUGGGAUGAGGUACUUUUCUGGAUAGAGAAAAAGCUUUAGAGGAAGAGAAGAAAAAAAAAAUGGGAGUUCAAAACAACACUCCAAGAGCGUCACCAAGGGCUUCGCCAAGGGCUUCCCCAAGAGGAAAAUCCGCAACCCUUCAACACCUAUUUGAUCUCGAUGCCAAAAGCGCUUCUGACUGCGGAAAAAAGAUUGCCAACUCCAAUAGUACUAUUGGCAGUCAAUCUUCUUCCAGUGUGGAAAAUGAAGAAAUCCUAUCAGCAGUCUCCGUCUGCCAUUUUAUCUUCACCUUCACCGAUCCAAGCGAAUGCCCAACGCAACAAGAACUCAAAGGGCAAAAGCUUUUGCAGCUCCUCUCAAUUGUCAAAACCUCGAAAAAGCCUCUGCAUGAUCAUGUCAUGUCGUCUCUCAUUUCCAUGAUAUCGUUAAACCUUUUCCGGCCUCUCCCUCCUCCUUCCAAUCCCACAAUCGCUACGGACUUUCCCGAUGAUGAGGACCCCAUAUCCUCCUUUUCCCCUGUGUGGUCGCACCUGCAGUUAGUCUACGACAUCCUCAUCCGCAUCGUGAUCAACAACGAUCCUAAGUUACUCAGAGGAUACAUUGACCACCAGUUUGUUGUCAACCUCCUUGUCCUCUUCCAAUCAGAAGACCCGAGGGAGCGUGACAGCUUGAAGAAUGUGUACCAUAAAAUAUAUUCUCGAUUCACAUUCUACCGUUCCUUCAUGAGGAAAUCUAUGAACGAUGUGUUCUUGCACUAUGUGUUUGAGACAGAGCGGCAUUGUGGGAUCAGAGAGUUGCUUGAGAUAUGGGGAAGCAUAAUCAAUGGCUUCACUGUGCCGCUGAAGGAAGAGCACAAGCUGUUUUUCAUGAGAGUGCUUAUUCCUUUCCACAAGGCUAAAGGGAUGCAGAGCUACCACAGGCAGCUGGCUUAUUGCGUGUCGCAGUUUGUGCAGAAGGAGCCCGUGCUUGGCGGGAUUGUGGUGAGAGGGAUUUUGAGGUAUUGGCCCGUGACGAAUUGCCAGAAGGAGGUUUUGCUGGUUGGGGAGCUGGAGGAGCUGGUGGAGAAUAUUGACCCUGAUCAGUAUAGGAAGUUGGCUCUGCCUUUAUGCCUAAGGAUAACAAGAUGCUUGAACAGUUGGAACUCACAGGUAGCAGAGAGAGCCCUCUAUGUUUGGAACAAUGAGCACUUUGUGAAGAUGAUAUAUGUGGCAAUGGAGGAAGUGUUUCCGGUCGUGGUUGAAGGCAUGGAGAAGAACUUGAAGUGGCAUUGGAGCAAAAGCGUCCGGCAACUGACCGAAAACGUGAAGGUGAUGCUUGAAGAAAUGGAUCCAGUUUUGUACUCCAAAUGCCUUGAAGAAAUUGAGCUAAGAGAAUCCAAGGCCAAGCAAGCAGAAAUCAAGAGGAAGGAGAAAUGGGACAGAAUAGAAAUGGCAGCAGCAGCCAAGCUUCAGUUCCUCCAACCACAACAUUUCUUGUGUGUAUGCAACAAGUAGUCUCUACUGGCUUUUUUGGGUUUGGUUUCAUACCCAUUGAAGAAGGUUUAUUAUAAACUCAGCUCCUUACAUGUAAAUAGUUAUUCCCCCUUGCAGACCAAUCAAAUUACGACGUGUGGAGAAACUUUAUAUUUUGUGGUUAAUGAGGGCUUUAGAAACAAGAUACAACUAUUCUAUUCCCCACAUGAAACCAAGCUAAUUACUGUGUGUAUCGCAAUGCAAUCGCAUGA